UUGUAUAACGUAUUCAGAGACAAUUUGAACUUGUUUUUUCCUUUCUGUGUGAGGAAGGAAGAUUUUUUUUAGUCCCUUCACCCCAAGAAUUUUUGAAAAGAAAUCAGGAUUCUGGAAUUUAAUCAGAAUUUUAGAAUUUUGAAAGGUUUCAAUCCUCUUCUCUCCCGUCUGGCUUGGGAAUGAGUCUUAAUUCCAAGGGAACCCUCGAACUCACACCUUCACUCUCCCCUCACUUCACUCAUAUAUUUUAAAAAUAUAUUCAAAUUGUUUUUUAAAAAUAGCUUUGAUUGUACCGGUUUUUAGACUACAUUUUUUCUUUAUUUAUAGUUAGACCCCAACUUAAAAUCGUCUUUUUUCUCGUUUUAUGUUAAAUAUCUUAAAAAUAUUUUUCAGCAUUCAGCCAAUUUUUUGUUUUCAUAUUUUCUUUUUUAAAAACAUUUUUGUAUUCGAUCUCAUCAUAUUUUAUUUUCAUUUCUCUCCAUUUUUAUUUUUACUAUAUUUUACCCGUUUAAAUCGCUUAUAUCACAUUGAGUGA